CCACCACUUAUCAGAGGUGCUCUUCUGGGAAACUCUCCUCCUUUUCGACGGAUCAAUCUGACUGUCUGACUGUUUUCUUCCUCUUUUCUCAACUUUCCUGGAGAGAGGAAAAUGAAACACUUCCAUCAAUCCUUUUGAUCGGCUGACGCUCUCAAGUGCAUUCACUCCUUAUCGAGUCCUUUCGUAUUGGUCUAUCUUAGUGACUCUUGCCACCAAUAAUUGAAUCUCACCCUGCCACCAUCUCCAACCCACCACAGUCCGUCUCCCGUUUACCGCCCCUCUCCUUAACCACCACCCACCACCACCGCUCGCUACUAUCGAACCUGUCGGAUACCUGCACUGUCUAGUCAUGAGCAACGCCUUUGUUUGAGCUCGCCAGCAUUAAUCGCAGGGCGACGCAGCCGUCCUACGUUCAUAUUUUUUUACUUUCUUGUAGAUUCUUCAAUUGCUUCGAAACUCGAUGUACGAAACCCGGGUGACAGAGCCCUUGGCUACUUUCGCUACUACUUUUGAGUUCAUCGACGAGCAAGUUCGCAGCCGUGGAAACAGUAUCUCCCGACACAGAUCCCCCAUGAAAUCCACCAGCGAUGGGCGCUACACGCCCAGCCCGGAGCCGGCGCCAGCACUAUUCGUGCGGGCCAUUCUCAGUUUUCGCAGAGAGACUGGCUGCAUCCGGGGCUGGUUCCCCAAAGAUCAGGUGAUUAGCGCGGAAUCGGCUGCCGAGCACGAGCACGAUGAAGAUGAGGUCGACUCCGCAGGGAACCCGCGCGAUUCGCAACCACUACUUCCUAUCGAAGGUGAAGAAGCCGCCUUCUGGAUCCCGCAAGCGACCCCGGAUGGCCGUCUAUUCUACUUCAACACUCUCACCGGCUACAGCACCAUGGAAUUGCCAUUUGAGAAUCCGUCUGCGAACGAAACCGGACCCUUCGACCGAAGUAACUUUUUCGUGCCGGAUCAGACUCGACCACCACCCGAAUUGAUGGCUCGCGGUUUCGAGCGCGACGAGGAUGAUUAUGAUGGCUCGGCGUCCGAGGCGGAGGGAGAGUCUCUAAUGCUGGCCUCCCACGAUUCCAUGUCUCGUCGUCGUCGCUCAUAUAUUGAUGGCGUAUCUCCUGCUACUUCCAUGGACUCCUUGCAUCCUCCAUCCGCCACCAAAUCGAUCAAUGAAGGCAAGAUCUCGCACCAAUCCAGUCGGGACCUGCAGAAAACAGCCACCGCCGGUAGCAAUACGUCCGCGGCCAUUCACAUUCACAGACCAUCCGUCUCUUCCCAAGCUCCUUCCCGCUUCGUCGAUGACGGUCUCACGGCUCCUGUCACUUGGCCGAUGCUCGUUGACAAUAUGCGUCACGCUAUCGAAGUGUAUCGGCAGACGCUGCUGGAUGGAGAUCGCUCCGAGUAUGUGAGAAAGGCGGAAGACAUAUCAGAUCAUCUUCGCAUGCUUCUUGCUGCUGGCUCGGACACUACAGACAAUCACUCUGGGAACCCGUCGAUUAUCUCGCAAAACAAGCCACUCUAUCCCCACUUCAGAGAAAUGAUGUCUAAAUUCUCGAAACUCGUCCUCUCGUCGCACGUUGCAGCUGCCGAUUGGCCAGGGCCAGAUUCCGUCAACAAGUGCUUGCAGGAGGCGGACGGCGUUAUGCAAGGAGUCUACGGCUACGUCGAAGUUGCAAGACAACAGCGGGGUGAAACCAUUCGACGUAUCGUUCCUGGAUUCGUCGUCGGAAGCUCUUCGGGAGGCGGCUGGCAAAACAAUGGUGUAUCUCUAGAUGAUUCGGGCCCGACAUCCUUUCUGGACCAGGAUGGCGCUGAUUCUCGCGUCGAACCCUCGGUGCCUCUGGACUCCGCUCUCCUAGACCAUAUCGACAUUCUCAGGAGGUCAUUUGUUGGGACUAUUCGGCGACUAGAGGAGCGAUUGACACUCAACCAGAAGAAGAUUGUUACGUAUGCGGAACAACGCGAGAUUAGUGAUUCAGUUGCUGCAGCUGCAAUCAAGGUCGUUGAACAAUUUCGUCCUUGGAUUUCUGCUGUUGAAUCCAUCAAUCUCGCACCGCUAGGAACAAGUUUCCAGAAUCCUCAGUUGGUCGAUUUCAGUCUACAGAAGCAGCGAGCCUAUGAUGCCAUCGCAGAUUUUGUCAUUAGCUGCCAGGCUGUUUCCGCCCCCCUCGGCGAUGAGUGGGCAGAGCUUCGCGGAGAUUCUCUUGAAGACCGUCUGAAUGCCGUGAGGAGUAUCGCCAGGCAGCUUGAAAACUUUGUCUCUCAGAUUGGUUUCUCCCUGUCGCUUCUUCUCGAACAGAUUCCCGAGCCUUCUACCACCUUUAGGAGUGAAAGUCGUCUGGAGGGCGACAAGGAAGCUUACAAGGGCAUCCAUAGUCGCGGUGAUUCUCAGGCAAGAAUUCCGACAGAGACGAUCGGAAUUCCAUCCUCGUAUUCCGUUGAUCCACCAUCUGAAAAAGUUCGUCGCAACAUGGAUAAGGCUCAGAGAUUCUUCGGCCAAGCCCCACCAGCCGCUAUUACUCGGGAACCUAUUCGGGAGCCUGUCCGGGAACCGGAGGAGACGCCUUGGUUCUUGAAGAUGGAUCACGAAGGGGAAGUGUUUUACGACACCAAGGCUGAUGUGCCUACCUUGAAAUGUGGAACAUUGGCGGGCUUGGUGGAGCACUUGACUCGCCAUGAUAAACUGGACGCCUCUUUCAAUAACACUUUCCUCCUCACAUAUCGAUCCUUCACGACUGCGUCGGAGCUCUUCGAAAUGCUCGCUGAGCGCUUCAACAUCCAGCCUCCAUUUGGACUGAAUCCAGAUGAAAUGCAGAUGUGGAUAGACAGGAAGCAAAAGCCUAUCCGAUUCCGAGUUGUCAAUAUCCUCAAAAGCUGGUUUGAGCAUUUCUGGAUGGAGCCGAAUGAUGAGGCGCAUAUGAAUCUUUUGGCCCGCGUUCACGCCUUUACCAAGGAUUCCAUUGCGACGACGAAGACACCUGGCUCGCCUCAACUGAUGGCAGUUAUCGAGCAGCGCCUUAAAGGUCAAGACACCACAGUAAAGCGCCUCAACAUGAAGAAGCUCAAAUUCCUGGAUAUUGAUCCCACGGAAUUCGCCAGGCAGCUUACCAUUAUCGAAUCACGCCUCUACUCUAAAAUCAGGCCCAUUGAGUGUCUGAAUAAGACUUGGCAGAAGAAGGUUGGCCCCGACGAACCGGAACCUGCUACGAAUGUGAAGGCUCUGAUUCUCCAUUCAAAUCAAUUGACAAAUUGGGUUGCGGAGAUGAUUCUCACGCAGUCCGAUGUCAAGAAGCGAGUUGUCGUCAUAAAGCAUUUCGUGAACGUGGCAGAUAGAUGCCGCGCGCUCAACAAUUACUCUACGCUCACAUCCAUUAUCUCUGCUCUCGGGACGGCGCCGAUUCAUCGACUCGGUCGGACUUGGUCUCAAGUUAGUGGCCGUACGUCUGCCAUUCUGGAGCAGAUGCGCAGACUUAUGGCCAGCACGAAGAACUUUGGCGACUCGAGUGUGUACCUAACGGACCUGACGUUCAUCGAAGACGGUAUCCCGUCUCUUACUCCAUCAGAGCUCAUCAAUUUCAACAAACGCGCCAAGACUGCCGAAGUCAUUCGGGAUAUUCAACAGUAUCAAAAUGUCCCGUAUCUCCUUCAGCCAGUCCCGGAACUACAGGACUACAUACUCAGUAAUCUUCAAGCGGCAGGUGACGUCCACGACAUGUACGAUCGGAGUUUGGAGGUGGAGCCGAGAGAACGUGAGGACGAAAAAAUAGCGAGGUAUGCUGCUGCUGCAUCGAGUAGAGACUUAAGAAGUCAUAGUACUAUGGCCAUCGCGAGCAUUAUUAUCGCAUCGCGAUGAUCAGGUCGGCUUGUCUUUCUUGUUUUCUAUCUCUUUUCGUUUUUGUUUUCUGCACCUCCGGCGUUGAAAUUCCCCAAUGAUACCCGCGAUUGACAUUUCGAGGAUUUUCUUUUUUUUUUUUUUCGUUUGCUUUUUGUCCUUUCCAAGGAUUGGUUGAUUGAAGACUAACUUUGGUUUCCUUUUUAUCCGUAGAUUACUGUCGGAAUCCGGCUUUCUAUAGUCUGGCCGCUCCCACUGUAUCGUCGUGACUUGCUACCCUAUUGGGUGUUCCAUGUCAGCGUUGCAUGUGC